AUGUUAUCGGUUCUUACGCUUCCUCUCUUCAUCAAAGUGCUUCCUCUCUUCAUCAUGCAGCUUCCUCACUACAUCAUGCAGCUUCUUCUCUUGAUCAAGAUGCUUCCUCUCUUCAUCAAGAUGCUUCCUCUCUUCAACAAAGUGAUUCCUCUCUUCUUCAAAGUACUUCCUCUCUUGAUCAAGAUGCUUCCUCACUCCAUCAUGCAGCUUCCUCUCUUGAUCAAGAUGCUUCCUGUCUUGAUCAAGAUGCUUCCUCUCUUCAUCAAGAUGCUUCCUCUCUUCAUCAAGGUGCUUCCUCUCUUGAUCAAGGUGCUUCCUCUCUUCAUCAAGAUGCUUCCUCUCUUCAACAAUGUACUUCCUCUCUUCAACAAAGUGCUUCCUCUCUUCAUCAUGCAGCUUCCUCUCUUGAUCAAGAUGCUUCCUCUCUUCAUCAAGAUGCUUCCUCUCUUCAACAAAGUGAUUCCUCUCUUCUUCAAAGUACUUCCUCUCUUGAUCAAGAUGCUUCCUCACUCCAUCAUGCAGCUUCCUCUCUUGAUCAAGAUGCUUCCUGUCUUGAUCAAGAUGCUUCCUCUCUUCAUCAAGGUGCUUCCUCUCUUCAUCAAGAUGCUUCCUCUCUUCAACAAAGUGAUUCCUCUCUUCUUCAAAGUACUUCCUCUCUUCUUCAAGAUGCUUCCUCUCUUCAUCAAGAUGCUUCCUCUCUUCAACAAUGUACUUCCUCUCUUCUUCAAAGUGCUUCCUCUCUUCAUCAUGCAGCUUCCUCACUACAUCAUGCAGCUUCUUCUCUUGAUCAAGAUGCUUCCUCUCUUGAUCAAGAUGCUUCCUCUCUUCAUCAAGAUGCUUCCUCUCUUCAACAAAGUGAUUCCUCUCUUCUUCAAAGUACUUCCUCUCUUGAUCAAGAUGCUUCCUCACUCCAUCAUGCAGCUUCCUCUCUUGAUCAAGAUGCUUCCUGUCUUGAUCAAGAUGCUUCCUCUCUUCAUCAAGAUGCUUCCUCUCUUCAUCAAGAUGCUUCCUCUCUUGAUCAAGGUGCUUCCUCUCUUCAUCAAGAUGCUUCCUCUCUUCAACAAUGUACUUCCUCUCUUCAACAAUGUACUUCCUCUCUUCAACAAAGUGCUUCCUCUCUUCAUCAUGCAGCUUCCUCUCUUCAUCAAGAUGCUUCCUCUCUUCAACAAUGUACUUCCUCUCUUCAACAAAGUGCUUCCUCUCUUCAUCAUGCAGCUUCCUCUCUUGAUCAAGAUGCUUCCUCUCUUCAUCAAGAUGCUUCCUCUCUUCAACAAAGUGAUUCCUCUCUUCUUCAAAGUACUUCCUCUCUUGAUCAAGAUGCUUCCUCACUCCAUCAUGCAGCUUCCUCUCUUGAUCAAGAUGCUUCCUGUCUUGAUCAAGAUGCUUCCUCUCUUCAUCAAGGUGCUUCCUCUCUUCAUCAAGAUGCUUCCUCUCUUCAACAAAGUGAUUCCUCUCUUCUUCAAAGUACUUCCUCUCUUCUUCAAGAUGCUUCCUCUCUUCAUCAAGAUGCUUCCUCUCUUCAACAAUGUACUUCCUCUCUUCUUCAAAGUGCUUCCUCUCUUCAUCAUGCAGCUUCCUCACUACAUCAUGCAGCUUCUUCUCUUGAUCAAGAUGCUUCCUCUCUUGAUCAAGAUGCUUCCUCUCUUCAUCAAGAUGCUUCCUCUCUUCAACAAAGUGAUUCCUCUCUUCUUCAAAGUACUUCCUCUCUUGAUCAAGAUGCUUCCUCACUCCAUCAUGCAGCUUCCUCUCUUGAUCAAGAUGCUUCCUGUCUUGAUCAAGAUGCUUCCUCUCUUCAUCAAGAUGCUUCCUCUCUUGAUCAAGGUGCUUCCUCUCUUCAUCAAGAUGCUUCCUCUCUUCAGCAAGAUGCUUCCUCUCUUCAACAAUGUACUUCCUCUCUUCAACAAAGUGCUUCCUCUCUUCAUCAUGCAGCUUCCUCUCUAA